AGCAGACUCCGAGAUGAGGACUCGCGCAGCAGCAGCGUGGUUGGCGGCAGCAGCCGCCCUCGCCCUCCAGCAAAUCGCCUGGGGUCAUGUGCUCAGCCAACAGGACACCAGCCUCAGUUCGCAAAGCAGAGAAACACGGGCCGCGCGGGGCGACCACGUGGACGAGCACCCGGGCCACGGCAAAUCGGACUCGGCGCUCAGCUACUACGAGUUCCUCAUCAACGAGGGGUCGUACAAGUUCUGGGCGUGGUUCCAGCUGGCGACGGCGGCGCUGCUCAUCUACUCGGUGUUCGCGGCCAUCUACUACUCCAAGUACACGUACUACACCAUCGCCUCCGACUACGACUACGACUACUUCUUCAAGCGGUCUGGCGAGCCGGCGCCCGCGGCGCGGUCCGCCCCCGCGGCACACACCUCCACCUUCCUGGGGCUCUCCGCCCAGACCUACCAGAGGAUCCUCGACGCCAUCACCAGCAAGAACUACUCAUGACCACUUCCCCGCCAGGACCGUGCUCACCACAUGUCACGAGUAAACCCUUGCGGCCACUCCUCAGGAGUGAUAAACAGUGACCUGAUCAACUAGACUCGGACACUUGUACUGUUCACAGAGUGCCCUCCCGUAUUCUCAAAGCAAAGGGCGUUCACGGGCGCAAGAUGUGGACUGUUAAUCUAACUGUUUUCCAGACGUGCGCAUGUCCGUAUUAAGAGAGUAAAUCGAAAAUGUUGUCCUAUCAAAGAGACGAAACUGUUCCACGACUGUUGUUGAGAAAGCAAUAACAAGACGUAGAGGGUUUUUCGUCUCUCUAUAGAAGCAUUGCAUGAAAGUAGUGUGAUUAACAACACGAAAUCAAUCGCACCACUCGCACAUCAAUUUCUGCAACGUGCAUUUCUUUUCCUAAGUCAAAUGACACUUUUAAUUUAUCUUUGGCGGAGUGGUCCAUUUCAUAGAAUAUAUUUUCUUUCUGAUUGAAUUGGAUUCAAUUGCAAAAAAUGCUGCGGAAUCAUGUAGCGUACAAUUUGGAAGAACUUUUCUAUGCGGCUAAGAGUAACCCUGCCUGAAUCCAAAUUAAUCUAGUCCAUUAGAACUUCGUUUUAAUUUAUAUGAGUCAAUCGAGAUUGCUAAUCUGUUCAGUUUCUUUCGGACAUGGGACGAGAAUGUAAAAAAGUAUCCAAUAUGUAAGGCAAUAACCACUUCAUACCAUUCAAUAAAACACAACGUAACAUUACACAAAAAAAAUUGUACAUAAACUUUUCAGAUGGUUGGGUAUUAGAGGCAAAACGUAUUUUCGGCCUAUGCCAGCAAAUUUUCUAAUGUUCUUGAUGUGACGAGUGGUGAGUGCUUAAUGGUCAAGGCGCUCCACUGUUAAUUCGAUGUAUGCAUCUUCCAGGCGACACUCGCACUGUUUCUUUCUUUCUCGUGCUAUCAUUUGUCUGCUGAUGCAUACUGGAUAUGGUUUCAUAAUCCCGUACCUGCAUGCCUCCAACUCAGAACUGUUGAUCUGGCCCACGUCUCAACAAAUGCGCUUCUUGGGUGGAUCGUUGCGAUGGUGAUUCCAUAAUACUGAAGCAACCAUGGCAUGACAGCACCUGUUGCAAAGAGAACGCCGUCGACGAUGGAAAGAAAAGCAGUUCUAAGUUUGAUGUAAAGGUACGAAAGAAAGUUUCAAGGUAUUUAUUGUAAAAGGUAACUUGGGUUUCUGGAUUUUAUUUGUUUUUGAGAGUAAUUUAUUUCUACGCUGUGCCUGUACUGUUAAAGAAGCAAGUUAGUUCCGAUUUUCGGUUUUAUUUACAUUAUUUAUAGACUUGCUGUACUGAGUUUUGGAGGAGUGCAGCCAACUUGCUGCGCAAGAGGGGAGUUGCAUCCCGAGUGCCAAAUUCUUUUCAAAGAGAACUUUGUAUCUGCAACUAUACUAUGUUUUUGGAAUUGUACAUAAGAGUUACGCACAACAAAAGAAAUGUCAAUGUAUCGGCAAUACUGUGUUUCUUUGCUUAGAACUGUUUGUCUGUUGACACAGAUUUCUAUAUGAAAUGUAUUAGAAAGUACAAAUUCUAGUAAUAUUUAACACAUUGAUAUUUUUAUGUAAUAUUUAUAAAUGUACAAAUAAAUUUAUUGUAAUUUAAAA